UAACAAAUCCAACGGUUAAUAUUUACUCUCUAUUUUCAAUAUAACCCCUCCAAUUCUUUUUUUCCUAUCUCAACCAAUAACUGAAAAAAGGAAUAAAAGAAAAAACUUUCCAUUUUACAUUUCUCAACAGUUUUCCUUUCAAUUCUCCAAAAGGAAGUGACAUAAGAUGGCAGAAGGUGAGGAUAUUCAACCACUGGUCUGUGACAAUGGAACCGGAAUGGUCAAGGCUGGGUUUGCGGGAGAUGAUGCUCCACGAGCUGUAUUCCCUAGUAUUGUUGGUCGCCCUCGUCAUACUGGUGUGAUGGUUGGUAUGGGUCAAAAGGAUGCCUAUGUAGGAGAUGAAGCUCAAUCAAAGCGAGGCAUCUUAACGUUGAAGUACCCCAUUGAGCAUGGUAUUGUCAGCAACUGGGAUGAUAUGGAGAAGAUAUGGCAUCAUACUUUCUAUAACGAGCUUCGUGUUGCCCCAGAGGAGCAUCCCGUCCUCCUAACUGAAGCACCGCUUAAUCCUAAAGCUAAUCGCGAAAGAAUGACACAGAUCAUGUUUGAGACCUUUAAUACUCCGGCUAUGUAUGUUGCUAUACAAGCUGUUCUCUCGCUGUAUGCCAGUGGUCGUACCACCGGUAUUGUGUUGGACUCCGGUGAUGGUGUUAGCCACACUGUCCCAAUUUACGAGGGGUAUGCCCUCCCGCAUGCCAUUCUUCGCCUUGACUUAGCAGGUCGCGACCUCACUGAUCAUUUGAUGAAGAUCCUCACGGAGCGUGGUUACUCAUUCACCACAACAGCUGAGCGAGAAAUUGUCAGGGACGUGAAAGAAAAGCUCUCUUACAUAGCGUUAGACUAUGAACAAGAACUCGAGACUUCAAAGACCAGCUCUUCCGUAGAGAAGAGCUAUGAGCUACCCGAUGGUCAAGUGAUUACCAUUGGUGCUGAACGAUUCCGUUGCCCUGAGGUCCUAUUCCAACCUUCAAUGAUCGGUAUGGAAGCAGCUGGAAUCCACGAAACCACAUAUAACUCUAUCAUGAAGUGCGACGUUGAUAUUAGAAAAGACCUUUACGGUAACAUAGUCCUCAGUGGUGGUACUACCAUGUUCCCCGGUAUAGCCGAUAGAAUGAGCAAAGAACUUACUGCAUUGGCUCCAAGUAGCAUGAAGAUCAAGGUAGUGGCACCACCGGAGCGAAAAUAUAGUGUCUGGAUCGGAGGUUCUAUUUUGGCUUCCCUCAGCACCUUCCAACAGAUGUGGAUCACGAAGGCAGAGUACGAUGAAUCAGGUCCUUCAAUUGUCCACAGAAAGUGCUUUUGAUAAGAGGAAAAUGCAUCCUCCUACUGGAACAAAAUGCAGCUUUGUGAUAUUACAUUCUUUGUUUUCUGUAUUUGUUGUUCUCAUUUUGGAUUAAGAACUUAAAGAGUGCAAAUAGUUGAUUUGUUUUUAUGAUCUAA